CACUCUAUGAAGUAUUUCCACACUGCGUCCUCUCAAGUGCCAAACUUCCCAGAGUUUGUGGCUGUUGCUUUAGUUGAUGAUGUCCAGAUGGUUUACUAUGACAGUGACAGCGGGAAAGCAGAGCCCAAACAGGACUGGAUGAGGGAGAAGAUGGAUCAGCUGUACUGGGAAAGAGAAGCUGAAAAAUUUCAGCGUCACCAACAAACCUACAAAGUCAGCAUUGAAAUCUUGAAGCAGCGCUUUAACCAAACAGGAGGUAUUCAUGUUUACCAAUGGAUGUAUGGCUGUGAGUGGGAUGAGGAGACUAAAGUGAAAAAAGGCUUUAUGCAGUACGGGUAUGAUGGGGAGGACUUCAUAGCCUUUGACCUGAGCACGAAGAAAUGGAUCGCUCCAACGCCUCAAGCUGUCAUCACCAAAAACAAGUGGGACAAUGACAGAGGUUGGAUUGCACUGGCAGACAGCUUCCUCAACCAGAGGUGUCCUGAUUGGAUAAAUACAUAUAUGAUCUAUGGCAGGACUUCUCUCAUGAGAACAGAGAAACCUUCAGUSUCUYUCCUCCAGAAGUCKUCCUCCUCUCCAGUCWGCUGCCWCGCUACAGGUUUCUAUCCUAACAAGGCUGAGAUGCUCUGGAGGAAAGAUGGAGAAGAGAUCCAUGAUGGUGUGGUCAAAAGAGAAAUCCUCCCUAACAACGAUGGGACCUUCCAGAUGAGUGUUGAUCUGGAUCUGUCAUCCGUUUCAUCUGAAGACUGGAGCAACUAUGAAUGUGUGUUUCAGCUGUCAGGUGUCAAUGAAGACUUYGUCACCAAACUGGAKAAAUCCAAAAUCCUGACCAAUGAAAGGAAUUGGAUCACGGUAAUCACCACUGGAGCAGUGAUUAUUGCUGCCGUUGUCGCUGUGGUUGGAGUCAUUUUCAGAAAUACAAUCAGUGAGAAACUAUUCAAAGCCAAGCGACCUCCAACUUAUAUCAAUAACCAUGAAGUCCAAGAGAUAAUGAUUCCAAAACAAAAUGWAACAUAUGCGCCAUGCACACACUUGACCCACUCUCUGAAGUAUUUCUACGCGGCAUCUUCAGGAAUACCAAACUUCCCAUCAUACGUCUCUGUUGGGUUUGUGGAUGAUGUUCAGAUAAGUUACUGUGACAGCAGCAACAACGAAAACGUUCCUAAACAGGACUGGAUGAAUAAAGUGAGUUCAGAUUAUCCAAAUUACCGGAAGGAGGAAACUCUGACAUGUCUGGAUAAACAGCAAACCUUCAAAAUCAACCUAGAAAUUGCAAAACAACGCUACAACCAGACUGGAGGGGUGCCCGUCUUUCAGCAGAUGUAUGGCUGUGAGUUCGAUGAUGAGACUAGAGAGUUCAAAGGUUAUGAUCAGUUUGGCUAUGAUGGAGAAGAUUUUAUUGUACUGGACCUGGAAGGACAGUCAUGGAUCGCUCCUAAACCACAAGCUUUCAACACCAAACAGAAUUGGGAAAAUAAUAGAGUUGUACUGGAACUUGAGAAGACCUACUUAACUCAUACAUGUGUGGAGUGGCUGAUGACGUAUGUGAGCUAUGGGAGGAGCUCACUGACGAAAACAGAUCUUCCCUCAGUGUCUUUCCUCCAGAAGAAUAGCUCCUCUCCAGUCUGCUGCCACGCUACAGGAUUUUAUCCUAACAGAGCUGAAAUGUUCUGGAGGAAAGAUGGAGAGGAGAUCCAUGAUGGUGUGGAGAAAGAAGAGAUCCUCCCCAACAAUGAUGGGACCUUCCAAAUGAGAAUUUAUGUGAAUCUUUCAUUUGUUCCAUCUGAUGACUGGGCAAAGUAUGAAUGCGUGUUUCGGUUCUCUGGUUUUAAAGAAAAUGUUGUCACCCGACUGGACAGAAGAAAAAUAAGGACAAUGAAAGUAAAUUCUACCACCUCACACAUCACUGGUAUUGUGGUUAUGAUUGUGGCUCUGGUCAUUGCAGUGACUGCAUUUCUUUGUCUGAGAAAGAAAAAGGUCACUCAAUAUAGCGCAGCUGAGACUUCAUCUUCAACUUCUAAAGACAGCGCUCCAUCAGACAGACCAAAUCGACAAUGGUCAAGGCCUGGGGAACGGCCUGUGGACAUGACAUAUUAGAGACUCGUUAACCUCAGUCAUGUUUUUGAACUGUGGGAGGAAGACGGAGAGAACCUGCGAGAAAGACCACAGGCUUGGAUUCGACCUGAUGGAAGACUUGUUUUUAUCAUUUAAUCAAUAUAUAAGAUGUGAAAAAUAUUUUCUAUACAUUGAAUUUACUUUUGCUUAAGCUGAACUUAUUUCAUAAGUGUGUAAAAAUCCAGAACCUUAAAAACUUCAAAACUCUGAGUUGCAGAAGACAGAGCAACGCCACAUGUUGAGCUAUUUAUGUUACCGAAACGAGAAGAUCUUGCAAUAACGGGGUUGGAGAAAGAUUGAUGUGUAUAAAUACCGUGUAUUCCUCAGUGGGAGAACGUUACAUUUUGGUGCAAGCUCCUUGCUCAUUGCAAGUAAAAAUGUCUUAAUAAUGUAGCUCUUUUAUUUGGCAUUCCUUUCAGGAGCAGUAGAAAUUUCUUACUCAAGGUGAUCAGCUUCUUGUUGCAAGGCAGUAAUAGUGUUACAAAAUGUGGCAUCAUGCAGCCACCCCAUGAAGGGAACAUUGUGUGGAAAAAGUU